AUUUAAGAGCCAAGAUGAGAUUACUAGUGCAGAAUGUUGAAAUUAAAGAGUAAAGGUCCAAGGUUAUACCUUGAUAUUUAUGGGCAAUAAAAGGGAAAGGAUCAGAGGAGGAGGUUAACAUUUGCAAAGUAUCAUUAUAUUUAACUAUGAUGAUAGAUAUAAGCAGGAAUCAUUAAGCUCUCUCAAUCCUUAUUUUAUCUUGGAAAAACUUGAGGUUUCAUCAGGUUAAGGUGUUUGCCUAAGGUUUCCAGCUAAUGAAUAAAGAAGCUGAUGGAAAGAAGCAUAGUCAAAGGGCAGCAAAGGUAAAACAGCAAUUAACUCUAGAGUAGCUUGUCUCCCAAGCCAAGAGUGGAAACAAGUGUAAGGAGAUGGUGGCAGCCAUAUCAAGUACUACAAAAAGUUUGAAGAAUAUAAGAUUUUCAGUAUUGUGGAGUAUAGAGCAUACAGAUAUGUAAAUAUAAUCUAAAAUGAAGGGGCCAGAGAGAUGGCUAGCUGCUGCUCCAGAUGAUUUGGGUUUGAUUCCCAGCAUAUACAUGGUGGCUCACAACCAUCUUUAACUUCAGUCCCAGGGAACCUAACACCCUCUUCUGAAUUCUGAGGGUAACAGGCAUGCACACAGCAAAAAGACAUAAAACAUGAAACACUUCCCAUUCAUGGUAUCUAGUUGGGCUGUUCAGUUUAACUCUAUUUAAAAUAGCUAACCCUAUUUUUUAUCAGGAAAUUUUUUAAAAAUAUUUUUUUAUUUUUAAAUAAUUUUAUACAUUCACUUAUAUCCCAGCUGUAGCCCUCCCUCUUUCCCUCCCAAUCCUCCCCUCCCUCAUCUCCUCCCUGCCCCCUUCUGAGUCCACUGAGAGGGGAGGUCCUCCUCACCUUCCAUCCGACCCUAGCUUAUCGGGUAUCUUCAUGAUGGCUGCAAUGUCCUUAUCUGUGGCCUAGCAAGGCUGCUCCUCCCUGGGGGGGGGGGGGAGGGAGGGAGAGGAAGUUCAAUGAGCUAGUCUUUGUUCAUGUCAGAAACAAUUCCUGUCCCCCUUACUAGGGAACCCACUUGGAUACUGAGCUACCAUAGGCUAUGUCUGGGCAGGGGUUAUAGGUUAUAUCCAGGCAUGGUCCUUAGUUGGAAAAACAGUCUCAGAGAAGACCCCUGUGCUCAGAUAUAUUUGGACCUUGUGGGGAUCCUGUCCCCUCUAGGUCAUACUAACUCCUCUUUCCUUCAUAUGAUUCACUGCACUCUGCUGAAGGCUUGGUUAUGGGUCUCAGCAUCUGCUUUGAUACACUGCUAUGUAGAGUGCCUUCUGUGGUAGGCUACUGUCCUGUUACUUGUUUUCUCCUCCUUCCAAUGUCCAUCCCCUUUGUCUUUCUAGGUGAGGAUUGAUCAUCUUAUCCCUGGUCCUUUUUCUUGUUUAUCUUCUUUAGGUGUACAGAUUUUAGUAUGUUUAUCCUAUCUUAUGGUAUCAGGGAAUUUUAAUGUAAGAGGAGAAUCUGAUAAAUUCACCACUGGGGAGAGUAAGAAAAGUCUAGAUUUCUUUUUACUUUUUUUUUCAAAGCAUUUUCUUAAUACUUCUAAAACUCCUCAUCUUUUAGCCUGCUUGCUGACACCACCCCAGAGACUAUGUAAUAUUAGAUAGAGUGGAGUCUAGGCAUUUCUAUGUCAGCUCUUGUAUCAGAGAGUAAUGGGUCAUACUUCUGUUGAAAAUCGUCUUCAGACAGGACAGAGACACGAUGCUGAAAUGACUCAUCUGACCCGCUAUGCAACGAGUUCCUCUUGUUGUGUUUGGAGGCUUUUCAGUGUCUCAUCAGUGUCUGGCUCUUUGUUGGAAAACUGAAAUAAUUCAAAGAAAGAAAAUCCGUAGUGAAUCUAUGGUAUUGAUCAUUAAAAGUUAAAUAACACUGAACAUUUUGGGGAUAUGUAUUGUGUCCUAAAGCUUUUUCAUAAAGUCGUAUGGUUAUUUAUAACCUUAGGCAUGAUAAAAAAUUCUAUUUCUCUGUCUUAGAAAAGAAGAAAAAGCACAGAGAGGUUGAAAACUAUUGGAAGAGACUUAAGAUUUGAACCUAGGCACUCUAGUCAUUCUCUUUAAAGGAAAACAAGGUCUAACAUUUGAGUUAGACUUUGAACAAUAGGUCGAUUUUUUCCUCUCUCUCUCUCUCUCUCUGUACAUACGUUGAGGUGAGAGGUUGAUAGCAGUCUUCCUCAAUUUCCUUCCGCCUUUGUUUUUUGAGGUAAGAUCUCUCUCUGACCCUGAAGCUGAUCACGGCUAGGCUGAUGAGCUGGCCAACAACCCGUGGAAUCCUCCACCGACCCAGUGAUAGGAUAACGAGUCUUGAUGCUGCAACCAGAGUGUCGUAAUGUUGUUGUUCUUUAUGUGGGUGUUGGGGUUGCAUAGCAAACAACUUCCUGACCGAGCUACCUUCUGAUCCUCCCACUUCUCUCUGCUCUCCUUUCCCCAAGAGACAGGAUCUUACUUGGCAGCCCAGGCUGGCCCCUUAUAUGCUCCAUUUUUACUUUUUGAGUGCUGGGAUUACAGAUGUGUGCCACUGCAACUGUCCAACAUUCUUCUUGUCUUGCUUUGUUUUAUUUUUCAGUGUUGGAACUUAACACAGGGCCUCGUGCAUGUUGGGGAGGCGCUUUACCACUGAUCUACAUUCCCAGCUAUCAUUUUCUUAGGGGAGGCUUUGGGAAGGGCAUUCAGAGUGGAAUGAAUAUUAUUUGGAAAAACAGAGCUGGGCCCGACUGAAUGGUUAUAGUUAGGAAAGUAAAAGGUCACAUGUGCUCAAAAUUUAAUAUUUCAAAGAAAUCGGAUCAUAUACCAUAACAUAAAUUGCCAAAAGAACGUAGAUCUCAUGUCUUUGGGUAAGUUUAUCUGUUAAUUUUUCUAGUCUAGAUCCUGUACCAUUGAUAACUUCGGUGAUGUAAAGGAUUGUAGCCGAAGUUACAAGUAGCUUUGUUGUAACUAGAGCUGUAUUUGACCACACCUCUCUGCAUUAGUGCAUCACUAUCUCCAAGUCUUUUAAGCAUGAAAUAACAGGAAUGAUGUUCUGCUCCUGAUUAUAGGAUAUGAUUGCUCUUGUGGCUAAAAAUUGUUAUGGUCCAGAAUGGAGAAUCCAUGUUGGUACCUCGAGAAUGAAAAAGAAAAGAAAAAAAAAUUGGGGAAAUGAACAUAUUAACAGGAGAUCCUGUAACAAUGUGUGUGUGUGUGUGUGUGUGUGUGUGUGCGUGCGUGCGCGUGCGCAUGCGUGGGUGUGCGUGCUUGUUUAUGUGUGUAUGCCUCUAUGUGUGCAUGCAUGUGUGUGUACUUGUUUAUGAGUGUGUGUGUGUGUGUGCUUUUUGCUUCUCUUCCACAGUGCAUGUGGGCACUUGUAGCACCAUGUUGCGACCGCAGCAGAGCCUGCCGUGUAUUGCCCCGCUGCUGACCACGGUGGAGGAGACUCUAAAUACUGUCUGUGCGCAAGUCCGAGGACACAUUCCUGAGUGGCUCAAUGGCUACCUGCUUCGAGUAGGACCUGGGAAGUUCGAGUUUGGAAAGGAUGAAUACAAUCAUUGGUUUGAUGGGAUGGCUUUGCUUCACCAGUUCAGAGUGGAGAAGGGCACAGUGACAUACAAGAGCAGGUUUCUACAGAGUGACACAUACAAGGCCAACAGUGCUGGGGACAGAAUUGUGAUCUCAGAAUUUGGCACACUGGCCCUGCCUGACCCAUGCAAGAAUAUUUUUGAACGUUUCAUGUCAAGGUUUGAGCAACCCACUAUGACUGACAACACCAGUGUCAACUUCGUACAGUACAAGGGUGAUUAUUUCCUGAGCACAGAGACCAAUUUUAUGAAUAAAGUGGACAUUGAAACUCUGGAAAGGACGGAAAAGGUGGACUGGAGCACGUUCAUUGCUGUGAAUGGGGCAACCGCACACCCUCAUUACGACCCAGAUGGAACUGUGUAUAAUAUGGGAAACACCUAUGGACCAAGAGGUUCUUGCUAUAAUGUUAUUCGGGUUCCCCCAGAGAAGAGAGAGUCUGGGGAGACGAUUCACGGAGCACAGGUGCUGUGUUCUAUCACUUCCAGGGAGGCGAUGAAGCCCUCUUAUUACCACAGCUUUGGAAUGACAGAAAACUAUGUAAUCUUCAUCGAGCAGCCUCUAAAGAUGAAGCUGUGGAAAUUUGUCACUUCUAAGAUCCGGGGAAAGGCCUUUGCUGACGGGAUAAGCUGGGAGCCCCAGUAUAACACACGAUUCCAUGUGGUGGAUAAGCACACCGGACAGCCUCUCACAGGAGUGUACUCCAGCAAGCCAUUUGUUACCUUUCAUCAAAUCAAUGCCUUUGAGGACCAGGGCUGCAUUGUGAUUGAUCUGUGCUGUCAGGAUGACGGGAGCAGCCUAGAAGUUUACCAGCUACAGAAUCUCAGGAAAGCUGGGGAAGGGCUUGAUCAGGUCUAUAAGUCAAUGGCAAAAUCUUUCCCCCGAAGAUUUGUCUUGCCCUUAGAUGUCAGUGUGGAUACCCCUGAGGGAGAGAACCUCAGCCCACUGUCCUAUUCUUCAGCCAGUGCUGUGAAACAGGGUGAUGGGGAGAUCUGGUGCUCUCCUGAAAAUCUACACCACCAGGACCUGGAAGAGGAAGGGGGGAUUGAAUUUCCUCAGAUCAACUAUGGCCGAGUCAAUGGCAAAAAGUAUAAUUUCUUCUACGGCUGUGGUUUUCGGCAUUUGGUGGGGGACUCUCUGAUUAAGGUGGACGUGGUGAACAAGACACUGACGGUUUGGAGAGAAGAUGGCUUUUAUCCCUCAGAGCCCAUUUUUGUUCCAGUGCCAGGAGCUGAUGAGGAAGAUAGUGGGGUUAUACUCUCUGUGGUGAUCACCCCCAACCAGAGUGAAAGUAACUUUCUCCUUGUCUUGGAUGCCAAGAACUUUGCAGAACUGGGGCGAGCAGAAGUACCUGUGCGGAUGCCUUAUGGGUUCCACGGCACAUUUGUGCCCAUCUGAUGCCACAACCACAGGGUCUGGGAUCAGGUUCCAAGGGGAGCACCUUACAGAAGAGAGAAAAUGGUGGGUCUCACCCCAAACCUAUUGUGGUUUGGACCCCACCCUGACCACCAAGGACUCAUAUUUUGAAUGCUUGUUCCCAGCUGGGGGCACUAUUUUGGGAGGCUGUGGAAACCUUAGUGGGUGAGGCCUCCCAGACACCAGGGACCAGCCUUGGAAGGCCCAGGUUCUCUCUCUGCUUCCCGGUCCACUCCACUGUGAAUGGCCUUCACCCCAUGUCACUGAUGGGGUGCACCACCAUGCUAACCUGCUAGGGCAGGCUGGAUCUCCUGAAACUGUGGGCCAAGAAAACACUUCCUCCUUAAAUUGUUCUGUCCGUUGAGGUUUGGCUUUGUUUUGUAGCAGUGGUAAAAUAACUAAUAAUGAUAAUAAACCCGGAUGUAUGGCUUUUCAUUUCUAUUAAAACAUAAUUUUGAGGUAA